UUUAAAAUUCUGCUCGAAAAUGGAUAAUAAUGUACCGUAUAACCCAAUGGUGGAAGAGAAAGAUAUUGAGAUGAGAGACCACCAACCUCCACCUAGUUACCCUCAAACACAGGGUACAACCCCUGGAAAUGGGAUGUACUCAGGUAAUGCUCCUCCCACAGGGGUUGUAGUCAGAGGAACUGUUGUGGGGCAGCCCCAAUUCCCACCAAAUAGGCAUCAGCAAGCAGCUGCUGCUUAUGAUCUCAUUAGGGCUGAAAAUAGCCGGAAUAACUGGAAGACAAUUAUCUAUAUCGGAUCUUUUGGUUUGAUAAUUUUAGGAUCUUUGACUAUCAUUGGGAACAUCUUUGGAAUCAUCGGUGAUAUGCUCACAAACGAGAAGCACUCAGUACACUACACAAAGACAGAUUCAAUGACAUCAGCUGAUUUCUUAGGAAUCGGUGGAUUCUUUAUUGACUUACUAGAAAUUGGUCGAGGAAUUUUGAUAGCAUUUCAGGGAUACCUUGGCUACAAGACUACUGUGACUAAUACUGCUUUGGCCGCACAAAGCCUUAUCAAAAAGAGCUUCUGGCUUUUGACAGUUAAUUUGGCACUGAUUCUCAUCCAAAUGAUCAUUGGGACUGUAUCAAUUUCAAAAGAUAAAAGGUAUAAUUCUGCCGAAGAAGAUGAGACAUAUGGUUUUUUUGAGGUUGAUGAUAUCUACGAGAUCGCAAUGUCAAUAGUCAUAGCAACCUUCUUCUUUACCUGUUGCUGCACUCUUUGAUGUUGUGGGGUUGUCAUUGGAGGCUAUCAUAUGUACAAACAGUCUCAUGAGACAUAUGACAAACUUAGUGUGAUGGGGAUGGCAACUCCUUAUCAUACUGGAUAAAUUUGGCUUAAUUGGAAGAUUUAUCAGUUCGGUUUUCUCCAUUACUCUCCUUGCUCGAAACUUUCCUCAAGACUGGUCUAAAUAGAUCCUUGAAGAGAGCAAAGUCUUGGUUGUGUCAACUACAUCUUCGAGUCAAAGCGCAGCCAAGAGUGGGGAAGAAUUACUGACCAGAUAAUCCUUGUCUUAAGAUCAAUGUUAAUUGUUCUCC